AUGUCGGGAGAAGACGUUAUCGACUGCCUAGUUGCCGAACUUGACAAAGACAAGUCUGGAACAGUCAGCGCCAAGGAACUAAUGGAAGGUCUAGGUGAUCUUGGAGUUGAUGUGGAUACUGUGAAGGCAUUCAUUAAGGAUCACGAUAAAAACGGUGACGGCCAACUGGAUGCCAAUGAAAUAAAACAAUUCUUUAAAAAUCUGCUUUAA